CGAAUUUGACAAUUCUGCAAUGAUUUCGUGGCUAUUGGAAACAUUGGAAAAUAGUCAAUAAAUUUUUAAUAAAACAACAAUUAUUAAGCUUCUACUAUUCUGAUUGAGGAUGGGUAUUGCUGUCAGUAAAUACUCAGAUAUAUCAAACAAUGAGCUGCUGGCAAGAUUUUGUUCAAACGAGGUCGUAAGCCCUAAUGAUCCGUUCUGGAACCAAUUGUUGGCAUUUAAUAUACAGAUUCCGAAUGAUGCCGAUGAACAGUUGAUGUUUGACACAUGUUCGGAUGCGCUGCUUCAAAAAUUCCUGCAGAACAACCCCCAGACUGGGAACUUGGGUUCCCUGGUGCAAGUGUUCAUAACCCGUGCUACGGAGUUGCUUGCGGCGCCUAAUUCCGACAAUGUAAUGCUGGCAUGGCAAAGUUACAAUGCUUUGUUUGUCAUACGGGCAGUCACAAAGUAUCUGGUUGAAAUGGUUCCAGAGUACGAACUCUGCAUACAUCUGGACGUACAGGCGAGGACAGUAAAUUCCCCCAUGCCGCAAGAUCAGUCGCCACCGUCUUCCCCCAUACAAGAAGUGAGUGCGACAGACAAUCAAGUGUCUUCCAAACCAAUGAGCGGAGAAAGUCGGGUGGAGAUGCUUAUAGAUGCUCUCAUUGGUCUCAUUAUUGAUGUUCCAAUCACAGACAAUACAUACUACCUACACUUGGAAUGUAUAAAUACAUUACUCGUCUUAAUGUCUGUGUAUAUGUUUGCGGGUGUACAUGGACAGACAAGACUAGUUGAGACUUCUUUGAUAUACAGAACUCUAUUUCAAGGCAGAUAUGGAAUGCACGCACCUCUAUUAGUGAAGACAUUGUUAACAAAUUUAUCAAGUAUGCUUCCAGCACCACCACAGUUUGGGGCCCAGGGGCCUGGCAGUAUGUUGAUCAAUAUCGCUUCAAGUCUCUGGAGCAUGCUAACAUUCAACGCGACCACCCGUCAGACCAUAUACACUAAUCCGCCAUUACACCGACACGAAUUACUCGAUAGACUGAAAAAAGAGCAUCCUGUUGCUAACCAAUCGUGUCUCUUAUUGCUUGCGUUGGCCAACCAUUGUAUUAGUGAUGAUAAUUUGUAUAGAACUGCUCUGUUACACUGCGACGAUACCGCUGAAAAUUCAGCCACAACACCACAUAGAGAUACAAAUGGAAGCGUCACACAAGUCACACCGCCUCGGAUAGACAUGGCAGCUUUACACAAAGCGCUAUGUUCAACAGCGGGGUGUGAGCACUCAACUUUAUUGUUAUAUUUGAUGCUACACUCUUGCAAGGCGUACAAGAGACAUGUUAGCAACGUGGCUAAUGUCGAACAUUUGAUAGUGCCUAUAUUACAAGUGUUAUAUAAUGCUCCGGACAGCAAUUCACAUCACAUCUAUAUGUCACUAAUUGUGCUGCUAAUACUAACUGAAGACGACGCUCUUAUCAAGAACGUGCAUUUAAUUAUGUUAAAAAACAUCCCCUGGUACACGGAACGAUCUAUAUCGGAGAUAUCGCUCGGGGGACUGAUGGUGUUGGUUGUGGUUCGGGCGUUACAGUACAACAUGGCGCGAGUGAGAGAUAAAUACCUACAUACUAACUGCCUAGCCGCCAUUGCGAAUAUGAGCUGUGAAUUUAGGAAUCUUCACCCUUAUGUGGCCCAAAGGUUAAUAUCGUUGUUCGAGACGUUAACCAAAAGAAGGGCUAGACUUUGUAGUGAAAUUGAGGGAGGUGAUAUUAAUAGUAUAGAGUUACCACAUCAUGCUGAGGAAAAAACGGAAGAAAUUAUGGAACACAUAGCUGUACUAGACGAGGUACUACGCAUGUUGCUAGAGAUCAUCAACUCUUGUCUAACACAUCAACUGGUCAACAACCUCAACCUGGUGUACGCGUUGCUGCACAAGAAGCAGCUGUUCCAGCAGCACGCGCAUCAUCACAUCGCGCAGAACAUCGAGAUGGUGAUAGGGUACUUCUCGACGCGGCUGCAGAGGGUGCAAGAGGGUACAGGCGGUGAUCUAGGCGUGACCGAAGUUUUGCAGUGUAUAAAGAAGGGUGCGGAACAGUGGUCGAGUGAUAGGCUCAAGAAAUUCCCGGAUCUAAAGUUCCGUUAUGUGGAAGAGGACAGACCAGAAGAAUUCUUCACCCCCUAUGUGUGGGCGCUUAUCAGCGCAUGUGGAAACAUUUACUGGGCGAGCGAAUGUGGCGCCAGGGCUGCCGGCGAUCUGCUCGCGUGAUCAUUU